CAUCGAAUCCCUUUCCGGGUGAACCACUCCGGAGUUCGGGUGCUUGUUCGCUUCUGCCAUGGGCAACGCGAGCCCAGCCUGUGCGUCCAAGCUGAGUUGCGGCCAAGUGGAAGCGCAGCGGCCUGAUCCGGAGGAGGAAGAGGAGGAUCCUCAGUACGACGGCUCCGAGCGGGUCGAUCGCUCCGGUCUGGGCUCGAAAGACUCGCGGCGGAACGCGCGCUCCGUUCAGGAUGAUCGUGCUGGGACACCAUCCAUCUCUCGGGCAGCUGUCCAGGCGGCGGCCAAGCUCGAGACGCGGGUGGCGGGGCCGACGAUGUCCAUGGAGGACGCGCGCUCCGUGGAAGACCCCGUGAUGGUCGAGUCCGAGCUACUGGUGCAGGCAAAGCCGGCGAAGGGGCCGCAAAAGAAGCUGCAACUGCCUCCUGGCGCGAUCAUCAAACAGGUGCAUGAGAUUGAGGUCUCCUCGUCAGAUAGUGAUACCUCGGGUGGCACAAUGGCCAGUAAGAAGAGUCGCACGCCCAAGCGAAGAGCCUGGAAGCGGCUGAGCAUCACCGAGACAAUGCCGGUGAGUCCGUCGAGUGCGCUGCAAAUUGUCAUCAACAACCCAGGGAAGUUGGAGUCCUUUUACUCCUUGGACAAGGGGAAGAUCCUGGGGAAGGGAAGUUUCGGAGUGGUGAAGCGCGCCUACGUGUCUGCCACCAUGGCGCAGCGCGCCGUGAAGUUCAUUGCCAUCGAGCGAAUGAAGGAGAAGCUCAAUGUCCUGAAGCAGGAGAUUGAGAUCAUGAAGAUGGUGGAUCAUCCCAACAUCAUCAUGCUCUAUGAGAUCUUUGAGGAUCAGCAGUACCUUUGCCUGGUGAUGGAGCUGUGUUCUGGAGGUUCUUUGCUGAGCCGUUUGAAGUUCUCGGGGCACUUUAGCGAGGAGCACACGGCCAUGGCCAUGCGGCAGAUCCUUCGCGCUGUCUUUUACCUCCACAGGAAUUGGAUCUGCCACAGGGAUCUCAAGGCCGAAAAUGUCUUGGUCUCGACCGGUGAAGUCCUGGACAAGACGCUUCUGAAGGUCUCCGAUUUUGGGCUCUCCUGUCCCUUCAGGCCGAAGCAAGUGCUCACGGAGAAGGUUGGGACGCUGACUCACAUGUCGCCUGAGGUGCUGGACCGGAAGUACACCCAGUCCUGCGAUGUGUGGGCAUGUGGCAUCAUCAUGUACAACCUGAUCUGUGGGAAUCUUCCUUUUGGCAAAGAGGAAGAGAUCAAAAGAUGCCACAUCGCAUUCACAAAGUAUUGGUGCGAUGCUUCUCAGGACGCAGUGGUCUUUGUGAAGAAACUGCUGAGCCGCGCCCCACAAAGGCCAUCUGCAAAGAAUGCUCUCCAGGACAAUUUCAUCCUCAAGAACUUGCCAACACAAACGGAGUUCCCAGCGCGCUACGGCUUGUUGGAUGAGCUCAAGACCUUCCGUUCCCAGAAUCGGUUGAAGCGGGCCGCUCUGACGACCAUCGCCAGCCUUUUGAACGAUGACCAUGUCAAGGCGGCCCGGGACCUCUUUAUCUCCAUGGACCAUGAUGGCGACGGGCAGAUUUCAGUGGCAGAGGUGGAGAAGGAACUGCGAGUGCUGAAAGAGCAGGGCAUCAUGGACAAGGAUAUGAACCGACGAGAGGUGGAGCGGGUCUUCCGGGAUUGGGACACCGACAACAGCGGCGCCAUGUUGAAGGAUUUCAGCUACACCGAGUUCUUAGCUGCCACAUUCUGCAGGAAGACCUGCUUGACGGAUGCCGUCUGCCGGGAGGCCUUCAAUACAUUGGACAAGAACAAGGAUGGCCUGUUAGAUCUCAAUGAGCUCCACACCGGGCGCAUGCUGGGUCAUGUCGACAUGGAGGAACUCAAAGAAACCUUGGAGGACUUGGACCAGAACGGCGACUCCUUGCUCGACUGCAACGAGUUCAUCACGAUGCUCCGUACUACUACCAGCGCCAAGACGCCCCGCGCCAGUCGCUCCAACACCAACACCAGCUUCGGCUUGCGGCUUGCGGUCGCGCGCCGACACACAGACGAGCCUGGGCGGCGCUUCGCCGGGCACACUGUCUGCGAAGAGCACCGGUGUGGCGGAGACUGGUGUGGCGGAGUGACGCCGGAGUGAUGUCGGACACUGGAGGAAGUUCUAUAGCAUUCAUGGGUAUCGAUCCAGAAUUGAAGCGAACCCUUUGUUUACGCCUCUUCAAUAAAAGCCACUACGGCUGCAAGACUGUGUCACAGUCGCUGAGUUCUUCAAGCUGUUUUAAGCAGUUUCCACUGCAAAAAGUGCAUUCGAGCAAAAAACUGGCACCCACC